AUCCAACGUCGCUUCCUGCACCAGUGGAUUUUCAACAGUACGGAGGACAAUAUUCAAUUCAGUGAAGUACAGUUCAGGAUCCGGCAGGAAUUAGGACCAGGACGUCAACGAAUGCCGUUUCGACCGAAUAUUUAGCAGGAUUCCUUUAACAUCACGUAUGAGAACAAAACAAUGCUAGAAAAGAAAGGAAAUAUUGUAGCGGACAUAAGGGCAGAUAACGAUUUGGAAAAAAAAAUAGAUUCAAAUCGGCUCAAUGGAAAGCAAUGCCUGGACUUGGAAAAGGCAGCAAAAUGUCCGUCACCAUGCAACUAUACAGACUUCGCACACAUACAGGGUAAAAAUGCAGAUUUUGAAGAAGCCAUUGAGCUAGCAGGUUACGGGAAAUUCCACUACUUUUUACUGAUAGUAUGUGGCUUUGUAAGUACAAGCGAGGAGAUGGAUGUGAUAUCCAUGUCCUUUUUACUCCCCUCUGCACAGUGCGAUCUAGAAUUAAGUACCUAUAGCAAAGGAUGGCUCAACAGCAUCAUAUUUAUAGGUAUGAUGCUCGGAGCGUACUUCUGGGGUUCACUUGCAGACACGAUUGGAAGGCGGAAAGUGUUAAUAGUGAUAUCGUUCAUGAAUGCAGUUUGCAUUGUGAUAUCGAGUCUCAGCCAAUCCUAUUGGCUUUUCAUGCUUUUCCGAUUUCUCAAUGGAGCUGCCCUCGGUGGAAGUGGUCCAGUAGUUUGGUCUUACUUUGCUGAAUUUCAACCAAAGAAGAAAAGAGGAUCCAUGUUGAGUUUCAUGGCAGCUUUUUGGACACUAGGAAAUUUAUUUGUGGCAAGUUUGGCUUGGAGUAUUAUCCCAAGCAAGAUGAUUCUUACCUUACCAGGAUUUAUAUUUAACUCUUGGCGAGUUUUCUUGAUGAUUUGUUCACUGCCGAGCUUCGUAGUAGCAGGCUUACUCUACUUUCUACCAGAAAGUCCGAAGUUCCUCAUAUCGACUGGAAAGUCAGAUGAAGCUCUGAAAGUUUUUCAACAUAUAUAUAAUAAAAAUACAGGCAAACCGGAAGAAAACUAUCCGAUUUUAAGCCUGGUCAAGAUGGAGAUGGAGCCACAAUCUCCUGAAAACGGCACAAAUAACGAAGAAAAACCAUUAAGACUGAUGUUAAAAGAAAUUAUAGCACAUACGAGGAACUUAUUCAUACCUCCCAUCUUGCGAUUUACUAUAAUCUCUGUCACCAUCAAUUUUACAUUUCACAUAGGAUACUACGGCCUUAUGAUGUGGUUCCCUGAGCUGUUCAACAGAUUUGACGAAUACGCUCGUUCCCACGGUGGUCUCGAAGAAGCUUCCGUCUGCGAUGUCACAUACUUCGUUGUUAACUCCGGUUCACAAGCACAGAACAACAUGUGCGACGACAAGAUAGAAAGUAGUGUGUUCCUUGAGUCUUUCAUCACAGUAGCAGCCGCUGUCCCUAGCAACAUACUCGCCAUCCUAGGCAUGGACUCUCUAGGAAGAAAAUUCUUUCUCGUAUUCAGUACUGUAACGUCUGGAAUAUGCGCUAUAUGCAUGUUUUUCGUUUACAACAAGACACAAAAUCUUAUAGUUUCUGCUAUCUUCAGUGGAGUGAUUAGUUGUGGAAACGCCGCGCUCGAUUGCCUGAUAACCGAAAUAUUUCCAACGAAUCUCAGGGCGACUGGUGUUGCCAUUUCGAUGGUCGCUGCAAGACUUGGUGGCAUCGUAGGGAACAUAGUCAUCGCUACCUUACUGGACAUGUACUGUCCUGCUCCCACAUUCAUUGUGGCUGCUCUUCUCAUUGGCGGAGGUCUCCUGUGCCUGUUCUUACCAAACACAACCAGAGUUCCUUUAUCGUGACAUUCUCUAUUUUAUUAAGAAGGCAUUUGUAAAUAAUCGUCCUUUAAGAACUUUUAAAUACUCAUUUACAAUUUGUGAAACAAUAUCUAUAAGUACUUAGUUUAAGUUAUGUGAAUGUAUUUUUUUAAAUUAAAAAUGGUUUUAUUUUAAACGAUUUAAUAUAAUUUUGUAAAAAAAAAAUUUAUAAAAAACAAUUUUUGAAACCGAAUAUUGUCCUAUGAAUAUUUAUAUUGUGUAUGUAUAAUUUAUCUGAAAACACUCUGAUUUUAAAUAUCCUUCAUUAUGUGUAUGUAUUGUAAAUAUUAAUUAGCCAAAUUGGAGAAAUAAAUAACUAAUAUAAAAAUCAUGCUGUUUUUUAUUUGUUUAAUAAAUAUUCAUUAUUCAACAAAAUAAAAAUUAUUGAAAAUGGCAGAAUUAAAAAAUCAUGCACAGUGUGACCUAGUGUGACCAAUCAUCACACAACUAUCAUUUACCUGCUUAGAGUAAAUAUUUUCACAAAAAAAGGAUUUAAAAGUAAAAACAAUGGUAUAACUUCAUUUAAAACAAUUAAUUACUGUUUUUCCUACCCACCAAAUGUAUUAAUUUAUACAUUUAUACCACUUUACGACUGAAAAUAAUACCAAUGAUUGGGAGGAAUCAUCUUGAGGAAUUGGGAGGAAGGAUCUUUUACAAGAAUUCUGAGUUUUAUUUGAAACACAUAUCACUAACAAAACUUGUUUAAAAAGAAGUUAAUUACUAUAUAUUGUCUAUUAUUAAAUCCACAUUUCGGAUGAAAACUUCCCUAGAAAAAUACGGAUAAGUGAAAUAUAGAAGUUGAACCAACAAAAUGAAAGCAUUGUAGAGGGUUAUCGGGUAUAAAAAAAUGGAGAGAAUCAGCAGAGUUCGGGAGUUCUCGGCUGUUUACGUUCUGUUCCCAACUGUUCAAAAAUAUUUAUUUAAAGUAAUCCUUUUUUUAAUAAGAAUAAUUGUCAAACCAGAAUUAUUACUCUGCGGGUAUCUUUAUAGUUUUUUACACUGAAAGAAAAAAUAAAAUAUACCAAAGGCUGGUAGCUAAGUUAACAUAUAUACCAUCUCACCAAUCAUUAUUCCAAGGAAACAACUGAUUCCUAAGUCGAUAGUAUCAGGCAUACACACUUUAGACUAUAUCUCAGGAGUCACAUCUCAUGUAUACUAAAUAUCUUGCAAAAACUUAUUUACAUUUGAUUACUUUAAAUCAAUAAGAACUUUGAUUAAUAUUCCCUUUGUGAAAUCAACAAUGAUUGAGCUUAUUAUAACUAUAACUGAUAUAUAAAAAGUUUGUGCCAUUUUAGCUCCAUCAAAAAUAUACUUGGUUACUUUUUUUAAUAAACUGAAAUAAUUUUUAUCAGAAAUUAAGAAUCAAUAUAUGGAAUAUAUAUCCAUAUGGAUUCAUACUCCACUUCAGUUCUCUAUACUACCAGAAACCACUAAUGUGGAAUACUAAAAUAAAUAAAUAAUGAUUGAACAAUUAAAUGUUGGAUCAUAACUUUGUAUUUAAUCUAUAAUUAUCGCAACUGUGAAGCAUCUUAGACAAUUUUUAUAAAGGGGUGAAAGAAGAAUAAAAUUGUUAAAAGAAAAAACAUAGUUUAUUAAAAAAACUAUUCCCUCAUCAUCUUUUCCUUUUGCCUGGCCAACUUCUUUUUGGAUACUUUCUUCUUCAUGGGCUCCUCAUCAGUAGCCUUGGCGACAACCUGUUCCUUUUCAGUCAAGACAACUUCGAUGUGGCAGGUCCUCAAUACUUACGGUUAAUUCUACCAUGAGCUCUGUAAGUUCUCCUUCUCAAACGUGGAGCUCUAUUUACUUGGAUAUGCUCAAUUACAAGCCUGUCGACAUCAAGAUUUUUGUAAUCAGCAUUGGAUUCAGCGUUCUUCAAAAGCUGGAGCAGAAAUUCUGCAGAUUUUUUUGGCCAACGACCUUGGGUAACA